AUGCCGAUUUUAAUAAAAGAUUACACAUGGAUUCAAACAUCUAAAAAUAUUCAGAUACGGAUUCCUAUAAAAGCUGGUUACAAAAACAAAAUAGAUUUGUUUUCAUCAGAUUGUUAUAUCAAAGUGAAUUUUCAUCCAUUUUUAUUUGAAUUAUUUCUAAUGCACGAUGUCGAUAUAACAAAAAGUAAAUGCAUCUUAAAUGAUAAUUUUGUACUAGUAGAGUUAGUUAAAAAUAAAGAAAUUAUGUGGACUGAAUUAGAAAAACCUCUGAACAAAGAAGAGAAAAUGAAGUUAAGACAAAAUAUUAUAACAGAGUGUCAGGAAAGAGCUAAGCUUGAAUCGGAAGAUAGGGCGAUAAAAAAAAGUAAUUUGGAUAGAUUUACAGUACAACAAGCAAUGAACAUUGAUAAUAAGCAGCACGUUAUAAUGGAUGAAAGACGAGAUGAGGAACGUAAAAAAGCGAUGGAUGAGUUAGAAAUGUGGAAACAAAUCACCGAUGAAGAAGAAGUUCAAGGUACAAUAACGAGGAACCAAAUUGAAAAGUCAACUGUAAAAAUAAUUGAAUUGCCAUCGGAUUAUGCAGGAGAUUCUAAAAAUAUACAAACUCCUCGUAAAGAAAAUAAUACCAAAAGUAUGGCAAAAAAGAUUAGAGCAAAGUCAGAGUAUGUAGAUAAGAAAAGAGAAGAAACAGCUAAACGAAUUUUACCGAAGGUGAGGGAAACGGCCCAAGUCGAAAUUACUCAUACACCUCGAUCUUUUCCAACCCCUAGCAGGGAGUCUACUUCUCAGGAAGAAGAAACGUGGUUGAAGAACAUUACAUUGGCUCGAAGAGCAACGGGAUUUGUUUCGGAAGAUUUGCGCCCCGAAGAACAGGAUCCACAAUGGUGUAAGGAAAAGGGUGACGAAUUUUUUCGGAACGGAAACUUUUUAGGCGCAAUAAGUGCUUACACACAUGGUAUUACACUCUCCGAUAAAUUACCUAGUCUCUUUGCCAAUAGAGCUGCCGCGCAUUUUUCUUUAGGAAACUUUAAUAAAUGUGCAAAUGAUUGCUCUACAGCGCUCGAUUUAAUGAAGCCAGCUUGUGAAGGAAAUAGACGAAGUCGUGGAAAAUGUAUAGCUCGUCGAGCUGCCGCACUAGCUCGUUUAGGGUACCUCAAUAAGGCUAUUGAUGAAAUGAAAGCAGCUGCGAAGUUGUUGCCGGACGAUGAAAAUCUUAAGAGAGAUAUUUAUGAUAUGGAGCGAGCAUGGGAGCAAAAUCCAGAUUCUGAUUGAUCUUUUAUUCUAUACCAGCACCUUGCCUCGUCUUCAUACGGGCAGUAGAGCAUUUUAUACCUAAAUGUAUUUUCUGUCGCAGUAUAUAUGUAUACUUAUAUAAGCAACAGAGGCCACAAUGAGCGUGUCCUGUCAUCGAUGUGAGAGUUGCACUUGAAUUUAUUUUCUCGUGCGUAGUUUUUUUUUUUGCCAAAAGUCAUUUAGUUCAUUUACAUAAUUAUAUAUAGUAAUAGGGAAGUGCUCGUAGAUCUUUGUUAGGACCACUUAUACUUUUGUGAAUAAGCCUAAUAUUUGAUUUUCUUAAAUAUAUUGUGAUAUUGUGUUAUUAGGUAAAAAUUACGUCUUUCAUUUCACUAUCAUAUAUUUCGUGGACUUCAAUAAAAUAUCAAUUUUACAA